CGCCGUCCUGCUCAGACCGCACUUGCUUCUCUCAGCCUCCUUCUUUCCCGCAUACAUACCGCGCGCACACACACGCACGCACAUACACACACAGACACACACGAUCACUGAUAACAGACCACUCUGCAGCAGGUGAAGAAGAGCACUCCGGUGAUCGUUCCCUUUCAAGAUGAGUUAUUCUAGUGACAUGUACUCCAGCAGCUCCUAUCGGAAGAUCUUCGGCGAUGCUCCACGGAUGUCAGGACGCAUCUCAAUGAGCAGCAGCCCGUCCCGUAGCUCGACGACAUACCGCUCUAGCUCCCAGCUUCGUGGCUAUGGCUCCGCACCCACAAUGCUGCCCUCCAGUUACCGCAGCAAGCUGGGCGCCGGUCGCAGCGGGUUCUCCUGUCUGCCGGAAUCCAUUGACUUGUCGCAAUCCACGGCCAUCACCAAUGAGCUGAAGAUAAUUCGCACGAACGAAAAGGAGCAGCUGCAGGGCCUGAACGAUCGCUUCGUCACCUUCAUCGAGAAAGUGCACAACCUGGAGCAGCAGAACAAGGUGCUGGAGGCAGAGGUCACCCUGCUGCGCCAGCGCCACUCGGAGCCGUCACGUCUGCACGAUCUGUACGAGCAGGAGAUACGGGAGCUCAGGGCGAGGGUGGAGGAGCUUACCCACGAAAAGAGCCAGAUGCACCUUGACUGCGUGCAGAUGAAGGAGACGUUGGAUCGGGUGAAGGAGAAGCUGGAAGAGGAGACGAAACUCCGUGAAGAAGCCGAGGGCACCCUCAAGGGGUAUCGCAAGGACGUGGACGACGCCACCCUUUCACGCCUGGAGCUCGAGAAGAAAGUCGAGUCAUUGCUGGAUGAGAUUGCGUUCCUCAGGAAAGUUCAUGAAGAGGAGCUGCAAGAGUUGCAGGCAUCUUUGCAAGCCUCACAGGUGUCUGUGGAGAUGGACGUGAGCAAGCCCGACCUGGCGGUGGCUCUGAGGGACAUCCGGGCCCAGUACGAAACCCUGUCCUCCCGGAACCAGCAGCAGGCUGAGGAAUGGUACCGCUCCAAGUUCGCCAGUGUGACCGAGGCUGCAGCCCGUAACUCGGAUGUGGUGAAGCAGACGAAGGAGGAGCUGAGCGAGUACCGGAGACAGGUUCAGGCCCGCACCCUGGAGGUGGAGGCCCUUAGGGGCCACAACGAGGCUCUGGAGAGGCAGCUUGCUGAAAUGGAGGAUCGCCACAGUGGCGAGAUCGGAGAGCUGCAGGACACCAUCCAGCAGCUGGAAACUGCCCUGCGCAACACCAAAGGUGAGAUGUCUCGCCACCUGCGUGAGUACCAGGACCUCCUCAACGUGAAAAUGGCCUUGGACAUCGAAAUUGCCGCCUACAGGAAGCUGCUGGAGGGAGAGGAGUGCCGGAUGAGUAACGUCGGCGGAGCCAUGAUCAUGUCAGGCUUUAGCCACCUUGCUGCCCGCUCCUACGUCCUGGGUACCGCUGCCACCUACAGGAAGAUGGGCAGCAAGGCAGAGGAGGCAGAGGAGGAAGAAGAAGAAGAAGAAGGGGAGGAGGAAGAGGAGAAGGAAGAAGAGGAGGAGGGAGAGGAGGAGGAGGAAGGAGAGGGCGAGGAAGGCGAGGAGCAAGAAGAAGCUGAAGAGGAAGAAGAGCCGGAGCAGGAAGAAGAAAAAGAUGAAAAGAAGGGAGCCUCUGAGAAGAAGGGAAGCAAGAGCUAAACAUGCUGAGUCACUGUCAGUGUCCAGCAACACGCUCUGCUCUCCAUCCACAUUCCAUAGCAUCUGAUCCCUAAUCUCCAUCCUACACACACACACACAUAGACACACACACACACACACAUGCACACACACACACACACACACACACACACACACACACACACACACACUCGUCCCGUGAGUUUCCAUGUGCUUUGCUUUCUGGGACAGAGUCAGCUACCAGUUACUCGCAUCAGGCUAUAAAGUGACCAGUGUCAAUUUCAAAAACCAGAUCACAGUAAAACUAACAUUCAAUCACCACAACACACGCACACCUUUCCGUAGAAUUAGCAUUUGCAGAUGUAGCACAUGACCACAGUCGUUGUGUUCGCCUGAUGGCUGUGAGGGGUGGCGUGGUCACACCGUGAGGUCAGGGCCGACAGCAUGACUGCACGCUUGUUAGGUUCCGAUGUUUGAAUCCGAGGCCGGUUGGGUAGCACCCAGUUUCUGUACCCCAGAGUUAUGGUGCUGAUUAAUGUAGAGGCACUGAACACUCGCAUUACUGAGCCAAAGCAGACAGCAAACCAACACCUUCUGCAGCACAUUUAGACAUAUUGUGGGACAAAAUCACAGCUGGUAUCCUGCAUGCCCCCCCCCUUUGGCUUCACUCACCGGAUGAAGGUAUAGGAUGGUCCACCCAUUGCUGUUUUUCUUUCCAACACAUGGCAAAGUUUUCAUCUCGCCCAUCUUUUCUUACUUUGCCCAUUUAACUGCGCUAACCUCGGUCAAAGCAUGGCAGAAAACAAUAUAGAUUAAUAUCGACAAGAGCAGAGACAGAAGCCAAAGCUGCUUCCUGGGGAAUGAAUAUCCAGCAGGGAAUGAAAACAUAGAAAAGAUAAUUGCUACUUAUCAUUCUGCGCCUUUUAUGUUUCGAUUAAAAAUAUCACUCCUUGAUUGAUUCACUUAUCUUAACUAAAUCUUAGCUGAACCAGCUUCUCCUUAACGUUCAUCUUUGGGAAGAAAGACUGGAGCCAUUCUGCCUGACAGGAGGCCAAAGCAGCCCUUCAGUGUCGACAGCAGUAGGGUGUGAGGGCGUGUCUCUCUGUCUGGGGGAGGGGCUUACUGUUCACGUUUUUGGGGUGUGACUUUUGUGGUUUGCUUUGGACAGGUCAAAGGUCGUCUGGGGCUGACAGGGAUGGCACUCUUUUCCGGGGCUGCGUCUGACUCUCACAUGGGUGCCGUUUGCUGUGGAAGGGGCGGUUCCUGCAGUGAGUCACACAGAGCUAGCCUGAUGUAGUGGGGGUGGGAAUUAAGGAGGGAAGAAAAUCAGAUGGGCUGAGAAGAAACACCAGUGCAAAUAUCCCAUCUCAGCAAAAUUUGGAUGGUAGUAAAUCAGUCUUAUUGUUUUAUAGCAGUGUUUCUUCACCUGGCUCUGGGGACCCCUAGGUGGUUCACUGUUUUGUUCUCUCCCAGUUCCCAGCUAGACAGUCUACAUUCCAACAUGGACUCUCUGGGUAUACCUGAGUACUGGGUUGAGAAACACUGUACUAGAGAGAGUGAAAGGGGGCAGACACAGAGUUGGAGAGAGAGGGGGAGAGAACGGAGCCUUAAGAUAAAAGCACAGGACAAGCACAUGAACAGACAAACAGAGGAGAGAGCGACAGACCCCUGGUCUGCAGAUGUUGUUCAUUGAUGAGUGAAUCAGUCAACAGGCAGUGAAUGCAUGACCUAACUCUGGGUGCUUAAGAAGCAGUAGGGAACAGAGUGGGAUUGCCCACUGCUGACUGCCAUAACCACGAAGAGUGACAGCAACACAGUCUUCAUGCAGAGGCAGCGCGGGGGUGUCAACACUUACUGGCCUUUCUGGUCUUAAUGGUCAGCUACUGUGACUGUGUGUGUUGGAACCCAUGCAGUGGUAUUUCCAAGAAAGCUAAAUAAAGCCAUUUAUUAACCAAAAA